AGCAAGGUUAAAGAUCCAGGUGCAGACUAAGACUUUGAGCCCCACGUUAACAGGCUAUUUGUCAGAUAUCUCAUAGACGGCUGAAGACGACAUGGGCUCAGACGCUGCCAUGUCUCCCAAGAUCACGGUGGAGCUGCUGCGGCAGCUACGGCAAGCCAUGAGGAACACCAAGUACAUCGCUGAGCCCAUCCAGGCCUACAUUGUCCCCUCUGGAGACGCACACCAGAGUGAAUACAUCGCACCAUGUGACUGCAGACGUGAAUUCAUCUGUGGCUUCAAUGGCUCCGCAGGCACGGCCAUAGUGACAGAGAAGCAUGCGGCCAUGUGGACAGACGGACGGUACUUCCUCCAGGCCAGCCAGCAGAUGGACAACAACUGGACCCUAAUGAAGAUGGGUCUGAAGGAGACACUUAGCCAGGAGGACUGGCUGAUCAGUGUGCUGCCUGAGAACUCGACAGUAGGAGUGGACCCCUGGAUCAUUGCUGCUGACCAGUGGAAGAACAUGUCUAAGGCCCUGGCCAGUGCAGGCCACUCCCUGGUGGCUGUUCAGGACAACCUGAUAGAUGCCAUCUGGAUGGACCGUCCAACCAGACCCUCCUCUCAGCUCCUCACCCUGAGCCUGGGGUUCACGGGUCUGACCUGGCAGGACAAGAUGACCGCUCUGAGAUCCAAGAUGGCCGAGAGGAAGAUCUCUUGGUUCGUUGCCACGGCGUUGGAUGAGAUUGCAUGGCUGUUCAACCUCCGUGGCUCUGACAUCGAGUACAACCCUGUUUUCUUUGCGUACGCCAUCGUUGGAAUGAACACAAUCAGGCUCUUCGUGGACAUCAAGCGUCUGGCCGUGCCGACGGUGAGGGAGCACCUUCAGCUGGACACGCCCUCCAAGGUGGAGCUUAGCAUCCAGACUGCCCCCUAUGAGUCUGUGUUCACAGAGCUGCAGGCUGUGUGUGCCUCCCUGGGGCCCAAGGAGAAGGUGUGGAUCAGCGACAAAGCCAGCUGCGCCCUCACGCAGGUCAUCCCCAAGGCCCACCGGUCUCCUAUCCCCUACACUCCUCUCUGCCUCGCCAAAGCUGUCAAGAACGCCACCGAGAUUCAAGGGAUGAAAAUGGCCCAUAUCAAGGAUGCUGUCGCCCUUUGUGAGCUCUUCGCUUGGUUGGAAAAAGAGAUUCCAAAAGGCACAGUGACUGAGAUAUCCGCAGCAGAUAAGGCCGAGGAGUUACGCAGCCAACAGAAAGACUUUGUCGGACUCAGCUUCCCAUCCAUUUCCAGUGUUGGACCAAACGGAGCAAUCAUUCAUUACAGACCCCUCCCUGAAACCAACAGAACUCUCUCUCUAAACGAAAUCUACCUCCUCGACUCUGGAGCCCAGUAUAUUGAUGGAACAACAGACGUCACCCGCACCAUGCACUUUGGGUCCCCCUCUGCUUAUGAGAAGGAAACCUUCACCUAUGUUCUGAAGGGACAUAUAGCUGUCAGCGCUGCCAUUUUCCCCAACGGAACCAAAGGCCACCUGCUGGACUCGUUUGCCCGCCAGGCGCUGUGGGAGUCUGGGCUGGACUACCUUCAUGGUACGGGCCACGGGGUGGGAUGUUUCCUCAAUGUCCACGAGGGACCCUGUGGGAUCUCCUACAAGACCUUCGCCGACGAGCCCCUGGAGGCAGGCAUGAUUGUCAGCGAUGAACCUGGGUACUAUGAGGACGGUUUGUUUGGCAUUCGAAUUGAAAACGUUGUUCUGGUGGUGCCAGCAAAACCCAAGUACAACUACAGGAACAAGGGCAGUUUGACGUUUGAGCCUCUCACUCUGGUCCCCAUCCAAGCCAAGAUGGUAAACACAGAUCUUCUCACCCAGAAAGAGCGUGAUUGGGUGAACGAGUACCACAGGCAGUGCCGGGAGACGAUUGGAGCAGAGCUGGAGAGGCAGGGCCGCAAGGAGGCCAUGGAUUGGCUGAUCAGGGAAACCCAGCCAAUCGCCUGAAGGUUAUUCUGUGACUGACCCUUAUUUAAUUCAAUUGUAUUGCCCAGGAGUACAAUUGAUCGAUCAAUUGAUCGCUCAUCUCAGCAGUGAUGAUAACCUUUUCUUUUGAUAUAUAGAAGCUACUAUCUAUGGUUCUGGUCUCUGUGUAUUUCACGCUAUGCUUCUUUUCUAAAGCAUCAUCACCAUCCAUGUCUGAACUGUUUUAUGGCGAUUCAAUAAAUAUCCAAGUGUGGAAAAAAGGAUCGUUCACAACUUCCAAAUAACUUCAUCAAAGUUCAUCCACUUUAGACAAUGUUUUUCCCAAAAUACAAACUUGAAUAGGACAAAAAAAAUCAAACACCCCUCCCAUGAAGUGGAACAUGCCACCUUGCUCUAGAGCUGCAUGUAGAAGUUGGGCGGGUCCAGGAUGAUACCACUAUUGGGAUCAUUGGCGUAGUCCUGAAAGGUUAGCUCUUCUUGCUCCUUCGAUCCACCAGGGGUGAUAUUCUGGAUAUUGUCCUCUUCCUCCAGCCCUAUGGGUAGAGGGUUACUGUAGAUGUAGUAGAUUCUGGAGUUGUCCUUAGAUGCUUCCUGUUUUCUGAAGAAUGAGAGAGGGUUUCUGAAACUGGCGGAUCUCUUGACAGCUCUGAUGUCCACCGGGUUGACUGGUACGUCACGGAGCACAGCACUCUCAUACAUAUGGGCCCUCUUCCACAGCCUGGAGGCGGGAAAAGAUAUAAUGUUCGUUCAGGGAACUGUGGGACUUUCUAUGUGUUCUUUCUGGUCAUUUUAAACCAUUGCAUUAAAAUGUCCAUUAUUUUGUGUGCACACCAACAUGGUAAACCAACAUGGUAAAAACUGUUCCUGUAAAAGACCAUUAAGUUUCAUCAUAUGUCCAUGGAGUGUCACUGUUCUACUGUGUUAAAUGUGGAGUCGUACAGUGAGGAAAAGGCUACACCAGAGGAAGCCGGGCUCAUUGUAAUGUAAUGGCUGGAAUGGAAUAAAUGGAAAGGUAUUAAACACAUCAAACAUGGAAACGACAUGUUUGACUCCGUUCCAUUAAUUCCAUUCCAGCCUCUACAUUGAGCUGGCCUCCUAUAGCUCCUUCCACCAGCCUCCUCUGGGCUACACGUCUAGGUUUGUCACCAAAACAACCUUCAAAGGUUCAAUGUAAUUUAAGCAUCAUAUUCAAUUACCAAAUAUUUUGUUUGCUCCAAUGUAGGCUAAUGAGUGAGAGUCAUUACUAAGAUGACUUUAGCUGAGGAUGCCAACAUGACUCAGAGAGGUAAUUGUAAGCCAGAGAUAUAAACAUGACCCAGAGACAGAUGACCUGCGACCGUGACAGGAGAUGCUGUAGAGCCUCUUUACUUAGAUUUAUGAAGUAUAGGGAAUUAUGGGUACUGUAGUACAACAAGCCUUACCUCCUGUGACUGUGACAGGAGAUGCAAAGCGAGAGGUUUUACUCCACCCAAAAUCUGUCCACGAAAAUAAUUUAUUUACAAGAAUUUUUUUUUUUAUGGAGGUCAACGAGAGAGUGUUGAAUUUGUCAAUAAAAGAAUGUAAUUGCUAA